AUGUCGUCCCCCUUUCGUAUCGUCGAGCAUAUCGUGCCAUGCCAGCACCUCCGCGAGUAUCCUGCCGCCACGGCCACAGACCAGGAGCAGCCCUUACACCUCGCCGUGAAACAGUACAUCCCGCUCGACAACCCGAAUCCGCAACCGGGCGAUGUGACCAUCCUCGCUGCACACGCCAAUGGCUUCCCCAAGGAGCUCUACGAGCCUCUCUGGGAGGAAAUCCACGCCCGAUCUCAAGCCAACGGGUUCCGAAUUCGAAGCAUUUGGAUGGCCGACGUAGCGCACGAGGGCGAGAGCAGCGUGAUCAAUGAAGAUUCCCUGGGCAAUGACCCCAGCUGGUUCGACCACCCCCGGGACCUCCUCCACCUGGUCAAUGUCAAGCGCGCUGAGAUGCCCCGGCCCAUCAUUGGCGUCGGCCACAGCAUGGGCGGUGCACACCUCACACAGCUCAGCUUGAUGCACCCCCGACUGUUACAUACACUGGUACUAUUGGACCCUGUGAUCCAGUGGCAGACCACCCAACUCGACAGCCUCGCCAUGCUCGAGCGCAGGCGUAGUAUCGCGAAAACUACCCAGCUUUCUACGUACCGACGCGACCUGUGGCCCUCCCGCCAAGCUGCCGCAGAGGGUUUCAAGCGCAACCCCUUCUAUCAAACCUGGGAUCCGCGCGUGCUGGACCGCUGGGUGAAGUAUGGCCUAUGUGACCUCCCCACAGCUAUCCACCCGCUUGAUCCCAAAACCGUCGUGGACAAGAACAACCCCCCGGUCACAUUGCGCACCCCGCUCCACCAGGAAGUCUUCACCUUCUCGCGUCCAAACUACAACCACAUCCCCGGCAGCGGCAAGCCCGUCAACCGCGUGACGCACCCAGAUCUAGACGCAGAUCACCCAGACUCGCACCCGUUCUACCGCCCGGAGCCGGCGCGGAUCUUCUCCCAACUCCCACAUCUGCGCCCUAGCGUGCUUUACAUCUUCGCCGGCAAGUCAGAUAUGUGCCUGCCGGAUAUGAUGGCCGACAAGCUCGCGAACACCGGCACAGGGCUUGGUGGAAGUGGUGGAGUUGCGAAUGGCCGGGUGCGAGACGUCUAUCUCAAGGACUUUGGCCACUUGCUCGCCCAAGAAGCUGUGAAUGAAUGUGCCGAUGCGGCGGUGUGCUGGUUGACGCCGGAGCUGCGGCGCUGGCGCGAUGAGGAGGCGAGCUUUUGGUCGGCGUGGAACAAGAAGUCCAAGGUGGAGAAGAUGACGGUCGAUGCGCAAUGGAUAGAGAAUGUCCCCGCGCCGCCCCGUCGGCCGAAGAACGAGCAAAAUGGUAACGGGUCGAAGUUGUGA